AUGAAAAACAAUAAUAAUUUAAAUACAAUAUCAAACAAAAAUUUACUUUGGAAAGGAUUUCUUUUCAUUUUUGUUAUUUUUAUUCUUUUUCAAAGAUCUGAGGGGUCUGUAAGACUUUGUGGUUACAGAUUAUCUAAAAUGUUAAUAACAGUUUGUAGAAGUCAUAGUUGUUCAAAAGAUACAGAAUUAAUCAAUCAAGAAACAAUUGAAAAAAAAUCAAUUGAGAAUGAUAAAUUUUUUUAUCCAGAAAAUGAUUUUCAAAGUGAAAUAUUUAAUUUAAAUCCAUUUAAACGUUCUGGAGGUGUUGUCAAUGAUUGUUGUAUUAAUAGAUGUACUAUUUCACAUCUCAAAACAUAUUGUUGUGGAUAUGCUGAUGAAGAAAUUGAUUUUUAA